ACUUACUCGACGGUACCAAACUGCAGGAAAAUUCACAAGGAUAUAGAGGAUGUAAGUUAUUUCGCAUUCCAAGAGGAAAUAGAUGUUCAAAUAGCUUAUAGUAUUCUAGUUUAUAAAGACUAUCAAAUGGUUGAAUUUUUGCUACGAACUAUCUACAAGCCACAAAACACAUACUGUAUACACGUUGAUAAUAAAUCACCUAAAUUUUUUGAAAAUAGUGUGCGAGGACUUGCAACUUGUUUUCAAAACGUGUUCAUAGCCACGAAGCCUGUGAAUGUUUACUGGGGCAAUUUUUCUGUAGUUGAAGCCGAAAUGUCAUGCAUGAAAGACCUUUUGAACAAAUCUAAGUCUUGGAAAUAUUUUAUUAACCUAACUGGGCAAGAGUUCCCGUUACGAACUAAUUACGAAAUUGCCAAGGUGCUUAUUGCUCUCCGAGGUUACAACAACAUGAAGUGUAGCGACCGUAUAAAAAAGUCUGAUCUACUUAUAUCAGGAGCGCCACCUUACGGCCUUACUGCCUACAAGACCUCAACACAUGUUGUAUUAACUCGAGAAUUUGUUGAAUAUAUUCUUUACAAUAAAACAGCAAAAGCGGUCUUAAACUGGACAAAGCAAUUGAAGAUACCUUCAGAUGAAAUAGCUUUUUCAACACUUAACUGUAAUCAGAAGCUUAAAGCACCAGGGUCAUAUAGAGGUCAUCCUAAUGUUUAUAAUCGUACACUCAACUAUAUAGCAAGAUUUAAGGUCUGGAUAGGAAAGUCGUUUCAUGUUUGCAACGGAAAAAGCCUCCGUGGAAUUUGCACAUUCGGUCCUAAGGAUUUAGAGACAUUACAGAGUAGAUACGAGCUUUUUGCUAACAAGUUUAAUAUCCGAGCGUUCCCACAAGUGCCAUACUGUCUGAGAAACACGCUACUAAGAAGGACAUUUUUAGAAUACACAGGUCGUUUAGAUUACAAUGUUACGUAUUAUGAAAAUAUUCCGCAUAGAAUAUAGAAUAUAUUUCACAUCUUUAAUAAUUGGCAUACAACUUGUUUCAUCAUAAACCAACCAUAAAUUAGAUAUAUAACAUUGAAGA